AUGACGUCACGGGCUCGAGCGCAAAGACCCAGCAGCCAAUCAGUAUUCGUGACGUCACUUGCCCAUACAUACGUCACUGUCGAUCAGCCAAUCACUGUUCAGCGGCUCCUACAUGACAGGUUGGUGGUGGUGCGGGAGCCCGCGAAAACUGGCGCCUCAGUCAUGCGCGGGAGAAAGUGGCGGGAGGUGCGCACUCUGGGUAAGGUUGCUCCAAAUCCUUGGAUCAAGAGUCCAUCUUAUUUCUUAGCACCAGCAAUCAAAACGCAAGUUGCUAAGUUGGCGGGAAGUAGCAGCCAAUUACAACCUAGAUUUAGCCUGACGUCACGGGUUCGAGCGCCAAGAUCUAGCAGUUGUGACGUCACUGUUGAUCAGCCAAUGAGAACGCUCAAACUCCUACGCGGGAGCCCGCGUAAACUGGCGCCUCGAGUCAUGCGCCGGAGAAGAUGGAGUGAGGGCGCGCGCUCUUGUGAAAUCUGAACUUCACAACCCCAGCAAGAUGUUUGAACUUCACAACCCCCAGCAAGAUGUUUGAACUUCACAACCCCCAGCAAGAUGUUUGAACUUCACAACCCCAGCAAGAUGUUUGAACUUCACAACCCCAGCAAGAUGUUUGAACUUCACAACCCCCAGCAAGAUGUUUGAACUUAACCCCCAGCAAGAUGUUUGAACUUCUCAGUCCCAGCACGAUAUUUGAACUUCUCAACACCAGCAAGAUAUUUGAACUUCUCAACCCUUGGAUAAUUUCACCAGUAACCUCAUAACACUUAUAUUGGGCAAGUAGUUAGUUAAACCAGGACAACUAACAUGAAGUAAGUUAAUAUUUCUUCAUGUAUUCCUUGCUAUGUACUUUACCUUCUGUUAUAUUUAUUUUAUAUUAAACUGGUAUUUAUAAGAUUUAUAUUUUGGGAACGUGUUUGUUUAAUAAGAGGUGUGAGUGUUGCUCAUACCUGGGUGCUGCUCAUACCAGGAUGCUACACCUGGGUGCUGCUCAUACAUGGGCUGUUUAUACAUGGAUGCUGCACAUACCUGGUGCUACACCUGGGUGCUGCUCAUACCUGGGUUGUUUAUACCUGGGUUGUUUAAACCUGGGUUGUUUAUACCUGUGUGCUGCUCACACCUAGGUGAUGUUCAUCCCUAGGUGCUGCUCACACCUGGGUGCUGCUCUCACCUGGGCUGUUUAUACCUGGGGCUACUAUCAGUCUGGGUAGUGCUUGGGUUGUUAUCAGCCUGGGUAGCAUUUGGGCUAUCAGCCUGGGUAGCACUGGGGCACUAUCAACCUGGUAGCACUGGGGCACUAUCAACCUGGUAGCACUUGGGCACUAUCAGCCUGGGUAGCACUUGGGCACUAUCAACCUGGGUAGCACUGGGGCACUAUCAGCCUGAGGCUACUGUCACCCUAGGUAGUACUGUCCUGCUUAAUAUAUGAAACUGCCUCUUGCAUUUAUUUAAACUGCCAACCAUAUUGUUUUAAACUGUUUUAUACUGCCUAGUGUUUUAUAUAUUCUAAUGUUUUAUUCCAUCUAAUGUUUUAUUCCAUCUAAUGUUUUAUACCUUCUAAUGUUUUAUACCUUCUAAUGUUUCCUUUAUACCUUCUGUUUUAUAUUUUAAUGCUUCAUUUCUAAUGUUUUAU